UAGUGAUGGAAGUGCAUGGCUUACUGUAAUAUUAUGUAUGGCAGUCCGCCAUGUAAUGCUCAAGUUGUUGUUCCUGAUUCCAUUGUUAUGUUCCAGAUGCAAAGACUGGAUCUUCACUAUGUAAUAUUGUAGUGAUAUGACAAGCGAGAUGGUUUACUUUCAAUAACUGAACUGACUACAUCUCUUCUGGUUAUAAUGCAAAGCGUUUAUUCAAUGCUACUAUUCUACUGCAUGAUAUAUACAAUAUAUACAAGUUGGGUUGUGAGACGUAGUGUUUCCUUCAAGGUAUCAGAAGGAAGUCUUCUCUAGAUAACUAAUACUUUACUUUUCUUACAAGCUUGGGGUGUGGUGGACUUUCUCUGAUUGGUUGAAAGAUAUCACCUUAUCCUAAUCAUUUGACUAUUACAUCAUUUUGGGAAGUUUCUAUUGGUCAGAUAAUAUAACAAGCUGUCUCUCAAUUGAGCUUAUUUUAUAAAUCAAAUGACCACUUGGGCUUGUCGUCACGAAUUGCCCAUUGUCCUGUCAAAGACUUUAUAUACAAUAAUUAAGGAGACAUUCAACAGGUAUCUAAUUGGUUAGUGAGGUAAAAGUUCAGUUGAAUUGGCCUAUAUAGUGUUGGUUAUCUUAACACUAUAGAACAUUACAACAGUAUGGCCCAUAAUUGUAUUAACAAUUGAAGAGAAGUCUACUUCAACUGAGCUCUUACUUUGCGAUCUUACCCGGGUCAACAGUGCAUGAGCCACUGAUCCUGUCUUGUCGCUGUUUCAGCCAAUCAGUGUUUUCUGCCUGGCCAUGUGUGAGUUCUUCGAUAUUCCGAGCCAACAGCAUGGUAUAAACCGGCAAGUUGUCAAGAAAUUCCUGUGUGGAGCUGAAUUUCUCUGCAACCACAGAAAGCGGAUCUGGCAAUUCCAAUGCGACCACUUCUUCAUGUUGGUGCAUGUUGAAGUCUGCAGACAGCUCCUGUGUUUGGUGCGGUCCAAUCUUAAUCUUAACCUAAUUAACGCAGGAGGUUGUUAUUAAGGCAUCCAUUGUACAUAGCCAUUCAGGGGGAACAAAUUUGAACCAUGCUUUGCUGAUCUCUUCUUAUCAUUAUAUUCUACACCACCAUUCUAGACAUCGUUUUUAGAAAGAGCAUAAAGUGCAAUGGAAAGGUUAGCAAUAUGUCUAAGGUUUUACCCUUUAAACUGGAUUCAGAUUCAGAUGACUUCCAUUUGAAACUAGGUUUGAAGACUCCAGCAGAAUGGCAGUGCUUUAAACACAAAGGUUGUCCAGGACUGAUUUUUAUAAGAAAUCCCUUCCUACCAGCUUAUCAAAGGUUUUGGGUGAAGCAGUGUGUUCAAGAAUUUCCAAAAAAACCAAACAAAACCAAUUUAGAUCAAAAUACACAACCUGAAGGAUUGCAUAGCAUUUGGGGAAAUGAAGAACUCAUUAAAAGAUUGCGUUGGGUUACCCUUGGUUACCAAUAUGACUGGACGAAUAAGCUGUAUUAUGCUGACGACCAUGUUCCGUUCCCGGCUGAUCUUGCUGCACUGGCUAAAUACUUUGCAAGCAAAUUGGGCUUCAUGAACUUUGAACCAGAGGCGGGCAUUGUGAAUUUUUACCACAUGGAUUCAACUCUAGGGGGCCACACAGACCAUUCAGAAUAUGACAUGGAGGCACCAUUGUUUUCAAUAAGGUUAGUGACUUUCAUUAAAUGUGUCUGUAGUGCAAUUCACUUACACCUUCUUGAUGCAGUAAAACCCCUGUCUCUUAUACACAUCUAG